GUUAUGGGUGGUCCCAUGAGACAUUUUGGCUCUGGUGGUAAAUGGCGCUGAGCCAACAUGGCCUGUAAACAACAACACCGUCAGAGCGAAGUAAACUGAACUGAAUGUCGGGCUUUUGUCUAGCGCUUUCUAGGUGGCAAAAAAGAUGAAGUGAGGUGGGUUUCAACGAUGAGUCGAAAGUGUGUAUGACUAAUAUCCUUCAUACGGGGACAUCAUUAUCUUCAGCGGGGAGCUUACAAGCCAUGUCCACACAGCAGCUGAACAGCUCAGCCUCCAACAGCCCCAGCAGCAUCUUAGGUUCUCCUUUUUCUGUGAUCAGUCCCACUCUCAACUCCCCCGUGGUUUCUCCCUCUCUGGGAUUUGGACCUAUCAACAGCAGUCAAAUCUCUUCUUCAGCACCUGUAUCAGGGAUGCAUUCAGUCAGCAGCUCAGAAGAUAUUAAACCUCCAUUUGGCCUCAGGCCCCUGCAGAGCCCAAGCCCAGGAGUAAUGACAUCCCAGAAACGACUGUGUGUGAUCUGUGGUGACCGCUCUUCUGGCAAGCACUACGGAGUGUACAGCUGUGAAGGUUGCAAAGGUUUCUUUAAACGAACUGUACGCAAAGACCUGAGCUACACCUGCAGGGAUAACAAAGAGUGCCUGGUGGACAAACGCCAGCGCAAUCGCUGCCAGUACUGCCGCUACCAGAAGUGCCUGGCUAUGGGUAUGAAGAGAGAAGCGGUCCAGGAGGAGCGUCAGAGGAACCGGGAGCGUGAAGGAGAGCUGGAGUUCACCGUUGGAGUGAACGACGAGAUGCCUGUGGAGAAGAUCCUGGAGGCAGAGAUGGCUGUGGACUUGAGGACUGAGCUUCACUCUGAUGGAGGCUCUGCAGGGAACUCUCCCCAUGAUGCUGUUUCCAGCAUCUGCCAGACUGCAGAUAAGCAGCUGUUUGCUUUGGUCGAGUGGGCGAAGAGAAUCCCUCAUUUUUCUGAACUGCCUCUUGACGAUCAGGUCAUCCUCCUGCGUGCAGGGUGGAAUGAGCUCCUGAUUGCUUCGUUCUCCCAUCGCUCUAUUCCUUUGAAAGAUGGAGCUCUCUUGGCGUCUGAGCUGCAGCGCGACGGUGCACACAUGGCAGGAGUUGGAGCCAUUUUUGAUAGGGAGAAUGUGCAGAGUGCAGAAGUUGGUGCCAUAUUUGACAGGGUUCUUACUGAGCUUGUUAACAAAAUGAGAGAUAUGCAAAUGGACAAAACAGAGCUGGGCUGUCUCCGUGCGAUAGUCCUGUUUAACCCAGAUGCGAAAGGACUCUCCAGCACAACGGAGGUGGAGCUGCUUAGAGAAAAGGUCUAUGCAUCACUGGAAGCUUAUUGCAAACAGAAGUAUCCAGAGCAGCAGGGAAGGUUUGCUAAGCUCCUCCUCAGACUGCCAGCGCUACGAUCCAUUGGCUUGAAGUGCUUGGAGCAUCUUUUUUUCUUCAAACUGAUCGGUGACACGCCAAUUGACACGUUCCUCAUGGAAAUGCUCGAAGCCCCCCAUCAGUUGUCUUAGAUUGGAAAUGUGUACUGUGGUUUUAGAAAGAGUCUGGAGUCUGGGAAGUGAGCGUGGGACUGGAGUGGCACUUUUUUCUUCUAAGAUUUGUCAGUUUGUCUCACCGCUGUCUGCGUUACACUUUAGCGCAGCACAGAUUUGCUCUUUAGACCAAACCCAAGGCUUGGCAUGAUCUAUAAGCUGGUGCUAUAUGCUGUCAUACCUUCACAAGUAACUAUAAUAAAAACAGUUAUUUUUCAUGACAUUUUACAAAACUGUCUCACAAAAGCUAUAAUUUGGGUACUCAUUUUUAUAUAAACUUUUUAAACUCCAAACUUCACCCCCUUUUUAAUUCUAGAGGGCAUCUUGAAUUGUGAGCAUGCAGUAAAGAUGCAAGCUUUUAUUUUUUAAAUAAAUGGUAAUUAAAGCCAGAUCUAACAGUGCAUCGUUGUGUCAGUCCUGCACAGCAACCCGAACCCUGGACAACAUGACCGAUUGAAAUGAUCCAGCCUCGCUCAUCUGUGUUGAUUUAGGAUCAGCUUUGUGUGUUAGUAAUAAUUAGUGUUUACAUCCUUUCUUUAAAAAAAAAAAAAAAAAAAGAUCCAACAU